AUGGGGACAUCAAAGGUAAAGCAAGACACACCCCCACCAGUGGCUAUCCUCAUCAACUACAAGUGGAACCUACCACAUCGGGGACUGUCGGGCUACAGCAUGUUCGCCAUAGGCACUGGGAUGUUCUUUAGGUACUGGGGCGUGAUGAUAGAACUGCGGGAGAACCUGAAGGAGGAGGCCAUCAUCAUGAAAGAUGUGCCUAACUGGGAGAUGGGGGAGUCCAUGUUCCACACGACACACCGGGUGCCCCCCAUGAUGGGAGAGCUGUACGGGCUCCACUCAGGCAAGGAGAUUCUCUAUACAGACUAUGGCUUCAUGUGGCACUUGGAGAACCUGCGACCUGGGCUGCACCUCCCCACUGGGCAAAGAAGUUUGUCCCGCUUCGCCAUCAUUCCGAAGUCCUGCUCCUGCAAGAACAGGUCGGGCGAUGCCAAUCUCCUUUCUAGGGUCAAAGUCUUCGAGGGAGAUGGGGACGACUGA